AUGGAUUUGAAAGGACCACCAAAAAAAAGGUUGUUACCUAGAAUAUAUAUAAAAUAUAAUUUUAUUCUUUUCUUUGUUUCAGAAAACACACAUGGCAUUCUUGUUAUAUAUGAAGACGAUGCAGAAGAAUGGGCAUUAUAUUUAAAAUCCAUUUUCAAGCACAUUGUAUUAGAAGACAGAAUCUUGCUUUGCAACCUAGAAAGCGCAUCCCUUCAUGACUUGGAAUUACAGUCUCUGUGCUCUUUUGGAUGUAAACUCUUGAUAAUAUCAAGUGAGCUUCUAAACUCCUUGAAUCUGAAGAAAAGAUAUUUUCUGGAUCAGGUUCUUCAGCCUCCUGAAAAAGUGGUUAUAUUGCUUUGUGGGAUUGAGAACUCAGCCAUUAUCUAUCAGAUACUGAGUAUAGACACAAACAAUCAGCUGAUUACCACCGAUCAAGAUCCUGAAGUCUACCUUGCAGUCAUUGCAGACAUCAUGCAACAAGGUCCUCAUGAGCACUUGUCUUUGGAUUUAAAAAGUAGCUUGAAGCUAGAAGAUAUCAGUGUGGAAACAGAGGAGAUCUUGGAAACCUCAGAAAGGACAGAAGUUUUAGUGCUACCAACGAGGAUAUCAUGUGAGAGCCCUGGAGAAAUAUUCAUUCUCUUGAGAGAUGAAGUCCCAGAUGACUCAGUAGUGGUUGAGUUCAUAACAGAAAAGAAAUGGAUCAGGACUGAGCCAGGCUUUUGGAAUCAGAAGGUCAGGUGUAUGAAAGCUUUAGAUUUUCCUGCUGGCAUUGUAAAUGUAAAUGUCUACUGCGAGGGAGUCAUUACAGCUACAACUCAGAUUGAAUACUACACAACAGUUGGAGAGAUUGAAUCCGUGCUUCAGAAAGUGGCUGAUCCAAUAGCCUUUGCUUGUCAGGCUUCCAGGUUUUCCUCAGCAGAAAAAGUGGAUAGCAUUCUCACCUUUCUAUUGAAAAGUCCAAUUAUUUCUCAUGGUUGCUUUCGACAUGAAGACUUGGAUUGUCACCAACAGACUGACUUGCACUUGGAAGAGCUUCCUUCACUUCUCCACUGCGCAGCAAAAUUUGGGUUAAAGAAUCUUGCUACUCUUCUUGUUCAAUGUCCUGAGGGAAUUCCAGCUUGCAGAAUGACCAACAUAUAUGGAGAAAAUCCAGCACAGCUUGCUGAAAAACAUGGCCAUAGGGAGAUUCAGAAGAUCAUUAAAGAAUUGUCAAUAAAUGAAGACAAUAAAGAAGACAAUGAAGAAAGAGAUGAUCCAGAAGAAGGAGAAGUGAAGGCUGAAGAUGACAUUUAUGUGAUGAUGAUGAGAUCAGAAUCUCCUUGUAAUGCACUUGGUAAAAGAGAACACCCUGGAGCCUUUCGGAAAAUCGAGAAGAACAGAGGCAUGGACAAUGAGGCAGAGCAAGAAGAAGAUAGAGGGGAAAGAGUGGUAGAGAAAGAAGCAUCAGCAGAAGAAGAAGGAAAUAAAUCUGAGGAAAACCUGCAUCGCCUGGGUGGUAAUGAUGAGAAACAUAAUAUCACAACCAAUGAAGUCUCCCAGUCACAUGACAGAGAUGUGAACUACGCUGAGAGGCCACCAUUACCACCUCGAGUUCAACCUAUUACCACAAGACAGGAUGAGUUUCCCUAUCUGUCUCCAGUGUGGGAAACAGUUGAAGACAGAAAGGUUACCACAGAAGGACAGGGAGACUGGAAACGGGAAGACAGAUUUCAGAAAGAAGAAGAGGAAGAUCCAUACAGUUCUGCUCUGUUGGAUGAUGGUGUAUAUGAUAUGAUUCUUGCUAAUGCAAUCAAAGAGCGCAGUAAAGGAAGCAGAUCUUUCAUUAUGAACCGGCCACCAGCACCUGCACCUCGUCCUUCAUGUGUCCCAGUGAAACAGGAGAACACUCCCUACAUAGCACAAGUUUUUCAGCAAAAGGCGAACAGAACUCAUGGUGAUGAGAAGUCACUCUGUGCUGCUGGAAAAACAGACAGAACUGGAAAUGACAGGACCACAUACACUACCAUCAAGCCAAGUGUCCCAUCAGGGCAAGAAGAACUAAUACUACUGCAGGAGCAGGUGAAGAGAGGGAUAAUUUCUAUGGAUGAAGCUGUGGAGAAAUUCAAAGAAUGGCAGAACCAGAAAAGUGGAUUACAAGUCAUCCAGAAGGAAAAAACAUGCCAGCUCAAAGACUCUAUCAGAAAAAGACCAGAGGAGGAAAACAUAUAUGACCAAAUAAGUACUGUUCAUUAUCCACAUGCUUCCAUGAAAAAAGGAAGAGAAAAUGUUACUACUGAAGGCAUUGUGUACACCACUCCCUUUGGAAAGCAGACUUUGCUUUGACACCCACCAGGAAAAGAGCAUUGGACCUGCCGAUAACCAACAGAG